ACUAUUGUAACAGGCAGAUAAUACACUUAUACCACAGUAAUAGUGACCGUGUUUACUUUUAAAACGUAGUAUUAUAUAUGAAUUAUGACCUGUACGUAUGAGACCUAUAUUGUCCAGUUAGGGAAAAAACCCAACCAUCACCUCACGACUUGAACCUGUGUUUACAUAAAUUAUACUGUGAUUGUAAGAUAAGAAAGAUAAUAGCUAUCACAUCAAAAUAUUUCCGACAAAAUACUUUAUUUGAGGUUUGAAAUCGCAACAGAUUUCAUCAUAAUGUUUCUCCGCGCCUCACCAAGAUUUCUGAAAAGGUCAGCGGGAGUGAUCAAAACCGAUGUUUCAAAUUUCAGAUCGGUUAAUUCAUAUUGUUUUAAAGACAGAUUAACGAGUAGAAUGUUUACUAAAAGUGAGCCUUUGACAACAUAUUUUAGAUCAAUAAGCACCACAAACUAUCAAAGACAAUUAAAUCAACCUGUGCAUCCCGAAACCCUUCCCCGACCCGGAGGUAUUGCUACCAUGAUGCGUCUACCAUAUCAAGAAACAGCAGAUGGACUAGAUGCUUGUUUCGUUGGGGUUCCUAUGGAUAUUGGUACUGGAUAUAGAUCGGGAACCCGUUUCGGACCAAGACAUAUUCGGCAUGAGUCAGUGAUUCUGAGAGCUGUCAACUGCAGUACAGGAGCAGAACCCUUCGAUUCCCUACAAGUUGCAGAUAUUGGCGACGUGAAUCUCUGCAUGUACGAUGUCCAGGAAGCUUGUAGAAAUAUCGAGGAUCAGUUUCAAGCCAUCGUGGAUACUGGAUGCAAACCACUUAUCAUGGGAGGUGACCAUACCAUUACUUACCCCAUCCUUAAAGCUAUCAAAAAUAAAUAUGGACCGGUUGGUUUAAUUCAAGUUGAUGCCCAUCCUGAUACUUCUGAUUCUAUUACUGGACAUAAGAUCCUUCAUUCCACACCCAUUCGUCGUGCUUUGGAAGAUGGUUGUUUGAUUGCUAACAAGGUCGUGCAAAUCGGUUUAAGAGGGGGAGGUUACUCUCCUGACAAUUUCAAGUGGGGAAAGCAGCAAGGAUUUAGAGUUGUGCGCGCUGAAGACUGUUGGCAUAAAUCUCUGGUUCCUUUAAUGGGCGAAAUUCGGGAAAUGAUGGGCGAUUCACCCGUGUAUUUGACCUUUGACAUUGAUGGCCUUGAUCCUUCUGUUGCCCCAGGCACUGGCGUGAUAGAACAAGGUGGACUUACCGGUAUUCAAGGACUUGAGAUUAUUCGUGGCUGCAAGGGAUUGAGUUUAGUUGGUGGUGAUGUUACAGAAAUUUGCCCUCAGUUUGAUCCUACUGGUAGAACCUGUCGUCUUGGAGCUGAUCUGCUAUACGAGUUAUUGUGCGUCUUACCAGGUGUCAAAUAUCAUGACCUGUAAAAAAUCUGCUUUUUAAAACACACAUAAUGCAAGAGCUAAAUCUCUCUAUUGCAGGUCUUUCUUCAGGCCUGAAAUGUUAUCUAAAUUAUUAAUUAGACAUUAAUUAACCUAUCCAGACCAUAAUCAACUCUAGAUGGCCUGCGAUCCUUAGAGGAUUAUGAGCCGAUUUACUGAAUAACUUUCCUUCACGAUUUAACGAUUAAAUGGAUAAUCGAGACUAUGCUGUUUAUCGUACUGACUUUAGUAAUGGUGAUCGAGGCUAGGCGGAAAUUUCAAUCGCUUAGUUCUCGGUUCAUAGUGGAUCAAUUUGAAUGAAAUUUUUGGCAAAUCGCCUUAACAUUAUCAAGUUUGUAACUAUUAUAGUGAGAACUGCCAACUCGUUAUCGAAUCUCCCAUAACGUAUCUUUAAGGCAGUUGCUAAACACUUUUUUUUGUCAAUAAACAAAUAAAAUAAAUUGUUUAAAAAAAUCAAUUGAAAUAUAAAAAUAUUGUAUAUAUUUUCAACAAAUUACAAAAUAAUAAAAAUAAAAUAAAAAAAAAACAAA